AUGGAAAAGUGUAAUUAUAGAUCUUAUCAACAAGUGCUAAACAUUACUGUGAAACCAAAGACAGUUAAGGCAACCACUCAACCUGUAAAUUCAACUAAGAAAGUUGCAAAACCAAAAAGAGAUGAAAAUCAAAUUAAAAGAAGAACCAAGACUGGUUGUUUAACUUGUAGAAAGAGAAAGAAGAAAUGUGAUGAAGAUAAAGUCAAUGGGAAAUGUCAAGCUUGUACUAGAAACUUUUUAGAAUGCUGUUGGCCAGAACAAACUAUUCCAACUAUCAUUACUUCAAAGGCUCCUCCUAUUAAGGAACUUAAAUCAGGGUCUAAAUCACCAAUCCUUAAAUCAACUAAAUGUGAUAUUAAAUCUUUAUUAGCAACACCUAUUAUGACUGAACCACAAGUGAAGUCUGAACCAGCUGUGAAGCAUGAACCAAUACCUUAUCCAAGCCCUAUUCAAUCACCUGUUUUCAGUGAAGUGAAAUGUGAACAUUAUAAUCAUGACGUCAAUUACAUUGCACUUCCACCAUUAUUCAAUGUUAACUACAAACUUCAAAGCAAGGAUAGUAAUGUCAGAGGUAUCAAGACUGAAUGCAUUAAAGAAGAAAAGCCAAAGAUUAUGGUUGCUGCUGCUUCAGAUGUUGCUGAUUCAAAAGAGAUUGUUGCACCAACCACUGCUAUUGUUGCCGCUUCUACAAAGUUUAUUAUUACUUCAUUCAAUGUCAAUAAGGACUUGUGUCAAAUUCCUAAUUGA